AUUUAUAGUGAUGUCCAAAAAAUUCCAUCUGAAAACGAUCAUUUCAUUGUAAUUUACUAUGAUAUCCGCGCUGCUCAUGAAGCCAAAAGAUCAAUAAACGGCAUAAAUAUUUGGGGUGUUCAAAUCCAUGUAGAUUUCAAACAACAUCAAAUAAAUAGUUUGGACCUAAUGCUAAAAAAUAGAUCUGAAGUUAUCCCUCAUUUUUACCCUAAAAAUAUUACCAUGAUUUCAUCUGGUAACAGAGCUAUCGCAGAAAAAAACAAUCUUGAUAUUGAAAGAAUUAAAAAUA